AAAUGUAACAAAUUCAAGCAGUGGAGUGAUACUUGAAGAAAUCAGUGAGCCUGCAAAUGAAACAGACAUGCCUGAUGAUAACUGUGGAUUAGCAUCCAACCAGCCUAGAUUUCUCUUUAGUCGGAUAGUUGGCGGUGAGGAAGCUGUGCCGUAUUCUUGGCCUUGGCAGGCCAGCUUGCAGAUUUUGGAUGAAUACAUCUGUGGUGGAGCUGUUCUCACAAGAACAUGGAUUGUUACUGCUGCUCAUUGUUUAAAAAAAGAGGGAAAAUAUCAAGAUCUUUGGAGAGUGGUGGUGGCCACUCAUGAUAUAAAAGAGCAAGAUCAGAGCAGCCAAAAAAGACUGGUGAAGCAGUACAUCGCACAUCCAGAUUUUAACACCAGUACUCUGGAUUCAGACAUUGCUCUAGUGGAACUUACCGAGCCUUUAGAAUUCAAUCACUAUGUUCAUCCAGUGUGCCUCCCGGAGCAAGAUGAGAAGAUUGAACCUUCAAGGAUUUGUGUCAUUACAGGAUGGGGCAAUCAGUAUGAAGGUAAGCAUUUUCCAUUCCAUCGAAAAAAUAUCUUGAUGAGCCAGAAUGAUUCUUAUCCAAUUUGUCAGCCAUGGAAGUAUAGAGCACAGUCAAGUAAACUGCAUCAACUCAGAGUUCCUAUUUUGGUUUCUGAAGAAUGUCAGAAAUACUUUGUGAACCAUCCUGGUGUGGUCAAUGAAAGGAUGUUCUGUGCUGGAUUUCCUGCAGAAGGGGGAAAGGAUGGAUGUACAGGUGAUUCCGGAGGUCCACUGGUUUGUCCCACAAAAGACUCAAGCUACUACACCCUUAAUGGAAUAAUUAGCUGGGGCUUUGGUUGUGGAAGAAAAAGCUAUCCAGGAGUCUAUACAAAUGUUGCUGCUUUUGCUGAUUGGAUCAGUCAAUACAUAUAUGGAAAAAAUAAUUCAUCAAGUAUGGCAUGAAGACCUUUGGAGAAGACAACUAAAUAAAGGCACAAUUCUGAAGGGCACUCC